ACCCAUUUCCCAGGCGUCUCUCUCUCAUACUUCCAUGCUAGAAGAGGAAAUCCCAUUCUAGAAAAUUCUCUCUCUGCAUCUCGAUUCCCCACCAAGAUGCGAGACUUCGUUUCUUGCUUCAGCGAGCAUGCCAUCCAAGUCUCGGAUACGUCUUGCUUCACCGAUCACGCCAUCAAAGUCUCGGAUACGUCUUGCUUCACCGAGCAUGCCAUCAAAGUCUCCGACACGUCCUGCUCAGGCUCCUCAACCCAAUCACCCUCAGUCCACAAAACCAUCUGCUCCCUCUACAGAUCCACUCUCUCCACCCAAAAACACCUCCUCAUAACAGUCACCUGGUGCAAGAACCUCAUGGGCAACAACUUCAGCAUAACCGUAGCUACCAACGACCACCCUCCUGCACUCGCCCACAAGACGAUUGACCCUAAUUCCCAGCCUAUCUGGAAGAAAAAGGGCACAAGGUCAUUUGAAUCCGAUGAUACCAAGAUCGACAUCUUCUGGGAUCUUUCCUCCGCUCGAUAUGAGAUGGGCCCAGAACCGAUUAACGGGUUUUACGUCGCCGUCACAGCUGACUCCGAGUUGGGGCUCUUACUUGGCGAUACAGACCCAGAACAAGCCACCAAGAAGUUCAUCUUCAACACCCAGAUUGCUCAUUUCACUAUGGUUGCUCGCAAAGAUUACGUGUUCGGCAAGUGCUACUACGAAACUAAGGCCCGGUUCUUUGACUGUGGGCCAGAUCAUGACAUUUCAAUUAAAUGCAGGGGGGAGAAUGGGUUACUGAAAGAUCCAGAGCUGUUUGUGGCCAUUGAUCAGAAGAAGGUCGUCCAUGUGAAGAGAUUGCAAUGGAAGUUUCGUGGGAAUCAGACAAUUUUUAUCGACGGUUCGCCAGUAGACAUGAUGUGGGAUGUUCAUGGGUGGUUCAUCAAUCCGUUAUCUGGGAUUGCUGUUUUCAUGUUCAGAAAGAGGAGUGGUUUGGAAAGUAGGCUUUGGUUGGAGGAGAAAUUGCAGCUGAAAGAGGAAAGUGUUGGUUUUUCUCUUUUGAUCUAUGCCUGUAGAAGCCCAUGAAUGCAAUUUGAUGGUACUCUUCUCUCUCUCUCUCUCUCUCUCUCUCUCGUUAUUUUCUUAUUCCACCCUUUCUUCUUUUUUUUUUUUUUUUUUUUUUUUUUUUUUUUAAUUAUUUAUCGA